UGAGAAGAGGAGAAUUCAGUUUGAGCUUCCAACUUUCCAUGGAGGAGGCAGCUAGUGGAGCAAGCAGACAGUGAGGGAUGGGCAGAGCACAGCUCACCAUCCGUCUCCAUCUGAUGUCACGCAUGAGCGAAAUCGUUGUUGGCCUCAGCGAGGAUCUUUUUCCCGCGGCCUGUUCCGUUGCUCACCCAAGAAACACAACUGCGUAACGGUGGAACCUCCGCCGGCGAUGGAAGCCGAGGAGCUCCUGAAGAAGCUACGGGCGCUGGAGGAGGGGCAGGCGGAGCUCGAGCGGGAGAUAGGCAGGCUCGCGCCGCCGGAGGCGGAGCGCCGCGGGUGCGCACGCCCGACGGCACGCCGCCGCCGCUGCCCGCCCCCCGCGUUCCCGCCCUCGUCGUCGCGGCGUGCCAUCGCCGCGUUCCCGCACCCGUCUUUUUCGUCGCGGCUGCUGCACCGCGCCGCCAGGCUGUCCGACAGGCACUGCCACUGGAUACUGCAGUCGCUGGGCCAGGCCGUGCACAUCAUCGCGCCUGACGGGAAGCUCCUCUACUGGUGA